AUGUCAAACCCACCAAAGAUCUUAUUCUUCGACACAUUCGGCACAGUAGUCGAGUGGCGCACAAGCGUCACAAAAGAAUUGAGCACGGCCUCCCUGCAUGCCGCACGCAAGGACCUCUCAGCCGACCUACGGGCCCGUGUUUCAGCCAUGACCUUUCACGACUGGCUAGCAAUUGCCGAACAAUGGCGAUUAUCGUACGGCAUUUUUACCAGUACGUUUGAUCCAUCAACUGAAUUCGUGUCCGUCGAUCAGCACCACUACCGGGCGCUCGCGGAAAUUCUCCAGAAACACGGUUUGGACGGCCUUUUUACCGACGAGGAGCGGUGGGAACUCUCUUUCAGCUGGCACCGGUUGAACCCAUGGCCGGAUAGUGCGCGGGGGCUGGAAAUGUUGAAUCAACGAUUUGAGACGUCAACUUUGUCGAAUGGGAAUCUUUCCUUGUUGCGGGAUUUGAAGACCCAUGGCUCUUUGCCGUUUAAGCAUUUGACUAGUGCAGAGGAUUUCGGCGCUUAUAAGCCCUCGCCGCUGGUUUAUAAGGGUGCUGCAGAGAAACAUGGCUAUGAGCCCGGUCAAUGUGCUAUGGUUGCUGCUCAUUUGAAGGACUUAAAGGGGGCCAAGGAUUGUGGGUUCCAGACUAUCUUUGUUGAACGUUAUUUGGAGGAGGCGUGGUCUCCAGUGGAUGUUGCCAAGGCGAAGGCUGAGGGCUGGGUUGAUAUGUGGGUUGAUGUCGACUCGGGUGGAUUUGUGGAGGUGGCUCGACGAUUUGGGAUUGAGACAGGUCAAUCUGUGCUAUGA